AUGGAGAAAGAAGCCAAGUUCUACAGAGAGUUUGUCGACAUAGAAGUCAUGCCUUCCUACUUUUUCAAGGUGAGUGUUUUCAGAAGUCGUGAGUUCUUCAGAUUGUUUGAAGGAGCAAGGCUGAAAAGUUUCAUCUAUGAUGUCGAGAUGGAAAUAUAUCCCACCUUGGUAAUAAUGUUAUACGCCAACCUCAUAUUAGAUAAUGGCAUCAUCACUUAUGGAGUCAAGAAGCAUCAGAUAUCCAUGUCUCUUGAGGAGUUUUCUGAAUUCUACAAUCUUCGUUGUUUGAAAUAUUACUACCAAGAAAUUGAUCAAAGUGAGGGUUUUCACACUGCGGCCUCGUUCAACUUCCAAUACGAUCCAAAUUCCAUCAUUCCUACACCUUUCCAUGUGGGAACAUUCCUUUGA